AUUUUAUAUAUUAUGAACUCAAAAAGUGAGCAUUUAAUUUAGAGUAAGAACAUUACAUGUCAAGUUAUUUUCAAACAAAAUAAACAUUUUAGUUUCAUUUCUAACUUUCGAUCGGCCUUUUCAUUCCUUAAACAUUACAAGCAGGAAGUGCUUGUGAUUAUCGCUGAUAAUGCAAUGUUUUCCCAGAAAGAGAAGAUAAAAAAAAAACGUGAUAAGAACAUACAAACUCAAAGUUCGAGAGCUUUCAAAUCAUACUGCUUCUUUGAAUGAUGUAGACGUUGCCAUUUUUCUGAUAUGCUCAAAAAAAUCAACAUAAUGGAAAAAAGAAUUCGUAAAAACAUUCAAAAAGAAUUUCGUAAAAUUGUAAAAAAUAUUACAGGCGAAAGUUCGCAAGAUCAUCAAGAUAUUAACAAACCUCCUGAACCGGAAAUUAAUGCGGUGGAGGCAAUAUCUGUAGGGAUUCUAUCGGAAAUCUCACAAUGCAUACCUCAAAAUAACACGGAAAGUAUAAUAACUGACCUCAGAAGUGGGGACAGUGUCACUUCCCUAGAUGAGGUAGGGAAAUCAGGAUCUAGUAGUGUCCAACAGCAAGCAAAUGAUGAUUCCAUUACUUACGAUCCAAUGGAAGAUUUAUCGAAAAAUUUUCAUUCCAUUCUUGAAAAGGAAUACUUCACUGAUGUCACUAUUAAAUCCGGUGCUGAUGUACUGAAAGCUCAUAAGAUUGUUCUAUGCGCAAGAUCUCCCGUUUUUGAAGCGAUGUUUACCAAUCCCAUGCAAGAAAGCGAAGAUGGUGUUGUGGUCAUUGAAGACAUAGAACCACAGGUGCUCCGUGAUUUGCUAGAUUUUGUUUACAGUGGUCACUUGAAUCUGAAUGACUUAACUGUGUCCAAGGCUUGUGAGUUGCUAUAUGCUGCAGAAAAAUAUCAGAUUCGAACAUUGAAACAGCUGUGUGUUAACCAUUUGCGUUCAAAUUUAUCGGUGGAAAAUGCAUUUCAGAUAUUAGAAUGUUCUAAUCUUUAUGAUGGACAACUGAGAUCACAUACAUUGAAGUAUAUAAGUGAACAGUUCCCGGUAAUUGAAAAAACGGAGGAGUGGAAAACUGUGCAGCUUAAAAAUCCUAAUUUGGCUUUAGAAGUCUACUCUACGGUUGUAAAGGCACUACAAGGAAAAA